CAUGUCUCUCAACUACUACUAUUAGCUUACUUUACUUUUCGUAUUUUUCGAAAUUCAAAAUUUGGACACUUCUUUUUUCUUUAUUACCAAUAACAUCCGUAUUUCCAUUUCUCUCUGCUUUCUAUAUAAAAGAGACUAGAGUAUUCUCUUUAAAUUUUGAAAAACAUCUGCGCCCAUUAAAUUACUUGUUUUUGUUUGUACUUAGCUAAGGUAAGUGAGCUCUGACCAUUUUUAAUUCAAAAAAAUCUGAAUUGGAUUCCGUGCGAGUUUUUUUCUUUUAAAAUUCGUAAUCUGUUGACUAGCUUCAAUUCUCACUUGGGGGUUGUGUUAGUGUUUAGGAAUCUUCCAAGAUGCGAAAGAUGUAACAUAAAGAAAAAACACAAGUGUAUCUUUAACCGAGUCAGAUUUGCAUAUUAUGCGGGCAUCAGUAUCCAAGCUUUCAAGUCACACCACUUUUUCUUUUGCUGCUAUGGUCACAGAUUUUGCUUUUACUAAUCCCAAUUAUAAAAUUCUAAUUUGCUGGAUAUGUGUGAUUUAGCUGCUUAAUCACCGGGAGGUGUUUAAUUAGGCUGAAAAGUAAAAAAAAGAUAAAAUUGAUAUGGGUGGCUCUUUGUUGAUGGUUCUUUUUUGAGACACAACCAAAGCUCACUGUUUUGUCUGCAGUGAUAAUUGAUUGAUUAUUGUCUUGUUUCCUGGAAGGAACUGAUCAUAUUUAGUACGACAACAAGUGUUGACACUUGCACCAUGUACCUUGUUCAUUAAACAGAACCUGAGGCCCCUCUCAUAUGCUCCUGUCACUUGUCAUUGGCUCUGCAUCUUGCAUCUGGAUUAUAUGAAUACUAUAUUCUCUUUCCACUUAAAUCAUCAUGACAUGUCUGUGAUCAAGCCAAGCCAUGCUCCUCUCUGUCAGGAACAUUGGAGCUGAUGUGAACCAGAAGCUCGUCAGGGGAUAUGCAACAACUGUAGCUGUAAGGGAAGGUCAUUUCCAAGUACUCGAGAUUCUACUCAAAGCCGGUGCUUCUCAGCCCGCCUGUGAGGAAGCUCUAAAUGGGGCCAGCUGUCACGGAGGACGCGCUAAGUUCGCUGAGCUGCUUAUGGGAACUGAUCUUAUUCGGCCUCAGGUCGCUGUGCACGCGCUAGCCACUGCUUGCUGCAGAGGUUUUGCUGACGUUGUAGGGACCUUGCUCAAAUGUGGAGUAAAUGCUAAUUCAACGGAUAGGCUUCUGCUUCAAUCUUCAAAACCUUGUCUAUACACAAAUGUUGACUGCACAGCUCUUGUUGCUGCUAUUGUCAACAGGCAGGUCUCGGUCGUCCGUUUGCUACUUCAGGCUGGUGUUAAGACAGAUAUCAUGGUGAGGCUUGGAGCAUGGUCAUGGGACACUAACACUGGAGAAGAGUUCCGUGUGGGAGCUGGAGUGGCUGAGCCCUAUCCUUUAACAUGGUGUGCUGUAGAAUUCUUUGAAACAAGUGGUGACAUAUUGCGUUUGCUGCUCAAAGUCCAAUCUCCAAACGCUCCGCACAACGGUCGGACUCUGCUCCACCAUGCUGUCCUUUGCGGUAACCAAGCAGCCGUCAGUGUCCUCCUCAGCUGUGGUGCUGAUCCAGAGACUCCUAUCAGAACUUCACGAGGCAAUAUUGAACUCCGACCGAUUCAUAUCGCUGCACGUUACGGAUCGGUGGAGAUCAUACAACAACUGGUUGGCUUUGGCUGCGAUGUAAACUCAAAGACUGAUGCUGGAGACACGGCACUGCUGAUCUCAACGAGACACAAGCAUUCAGAGUGCGUUAAGGUUCUAGCACUAGCUGGUGCUGAUUUCUCCUUAGUGGACAAGCUCGGCCGCUCUGUUAUUUCGGUUGCAGAAUCAAGCAAGUGGUGUCUCGGAUUAGAACGAGUGGUUCUUGAACUGAUCCGUUCUGGUGUGGCUCCACGUUCAAGCAACGCUUCAGUUUUCUCUCCGUUGCUGUACGUAGCUAAAGCAGGUGACGCCGAGGCGCUUGAGACUCUUGUAAAAGCUCAAGAAGUCUUUCUAGACUAUCAAGACGAGGAAGGCUUCUCGGCUGCAAUGCUGGCGGCUUUGAACGGCCACGUUGAAGCAUUCAGAGUCUUGGUCUACGCGGGCGCAGAGGUGAAACUAUUCAACAAAUCCGGCGACACGGUUGUUUCUCUGUCCGAGAAGAAUGGUAACUUAGAUAUGAUCGAGAAGGUGAUGCUCGAAUAUGCUCUCGAGAAGGACAACAGGAACAUGGCUGGCUUGUUCUACGCUCUACACUGUGCUGCAAGGCGUGGAGACGUCAAAGCGGUGAAGCUUUUGAGUGGGAAAGGAUACGGUCUGGAUGUCCCGGAUGGAGAUGGUUACACUCCUCUGAUGCUUGCGGCUACAGAAGGCCAUGGAAAAAUGUGCGAGUUCCUGAUCGCACGUGGAGCAGACGUCUAUGCUAAGAACGGAAGAGGGAAAACGCUGCUGGAUCUCGCGGUUGGUGAUGCUGAGGAGGUGAUCCGUGAUGAGUUGUCUCGGAGGUUUGUGUUGAAGGGAGGGAGUGUGAUGAAACACACCAAGGGAGGGAAAGGGAAGAAGCAUGGGAAGGGGUUGCAGAUGUUGGAACCAAGUGGAGUACUGAGUUGGGGAAAGUCGAGGAAGAGAAACGUGGUGUGCAAGGAAGUAGAGGUUGGGAUGAGCCAGCGGUUCAGGAGGAACCGGAAAGGGAAAGGCGAUGCAGAUGCAGAGGAGGAAGGGAUUUUCAGGGUGGUGACUAGGGAGGAGAAAGAAGUUCAUUUUGUGUGUGAAGGUGGGUUGGUUGGUGCAGAGAUGUGGGUGAGAGGAAUAAGAGUUGUGACAAGAGAGGCUGCUUGUGGGAGAACUCAGACUCUGAACUAAGACUCUUGUUUUUUUGUACAUAAAAGAAGUUUUGAGAAAGGAAGCUUCACUCUGAAGGUAGUGUGUGCUUCUGUUGUGGUGUGGGGGGUGUUUAUAGUUGUUGGGUUUGCUUAAGAAAAUUGGUUUUUGAUAUCUGCAGUAUAAUUGUGAAAUAGCUUGUUAAAUUUGAGAUUUCAAUGAAUGGAUUUGAAAUUUGAGAAUGAAA